CUAGUAAUUCAAACACAACCUACAGUCUGGGUGCAUCCGACUUGUGCUCAAUCCCGCUCAAGAUCUGCUCUUAUCCGCCAUGUCUUCGAUAAAGCUGCAACAGCUCAACCACCCCAACGGCAACGAACUGGCAGACCCGGAAGUUCACCCCCGACAACCUCAAGAUGACGACGACGAGAUCCCGACGGAAACCCAAACCCAGGAACUACUCCCUGUUGAUCGAGGCUACCACGCAUGGUCGUUCUUGGCCGCAGCUACGGUCAUCGAAGCGCUCGUAUGGGGGUUCCCAUUCUCGGUCGGGGUCUUGCAUGAAUACUGGACGGGCGUCAAGUUCAAGGAUCGAGGGCAGGAAGGUAUUCUGACGACUGCAGCUACUUUACAAUCGGGUCUGAUGUACAUGGCUGCCAUCGCACAAGGACCUAUACUGCAAUCAUUCCCGCAGCAUCGACUACGAUUACAAGCGUUCGGCCUCGUAUGUGGAGUAGGAAGCCUCGUGGGGAGUGCGUUCGUAACCGAGCCUUGGCACCUACUGUUGACGAUGGGAGCUCUUUACCCCAUCAGCGGGUUUUUUUACUUGCCAGCAGCUACUCUGAUCUUUGAGUGGUUCGUCGAAAAGCGAGGCAUGGCAUCGGGGAUCAUGUAUUCCGGUACCGGUGUGGGGGGUUUCGUCUUUCCUUUCGUGAUGAGCGGAUUGAUCGACCGGUUUGGCUACAAGGCUGGGAUGUGCGGUGUCGCCGGAGGGUACGCCGUUAUGGGUGGGAUAGCCCUUGCCUUUAUCAAGCCUCGAGUGCCCAUCGCAGCGUCGGGGAGUGAAAACAUACGACACACCUCUAGACGAGCUCGUAGUGCGACGGGCCUGCUCACUCGCUGGAAGGAUACGCUUCUUGGGCGAGGAUCAGUCAGUCUGGUGUUCCUGCAGAGGACGACGUUUUACGCGUUCGUCGGGAAUAUCCUCUUGAGCUCGUUGUCCAACUUUUUGCCUGCGGUGUACAUUCCGAGCUACGCAAGCGAUCUCGGGAUUUCGAAACCGAACGGUACGAUCCUGUUGGCGAUCAUGAACGCGGCUUCCGUGCCAGGUCUCUUGAUGUUGGGCUACCUGUCCGACAAGAUCCCGCUGCGUAUCGUCAUCUCGCUCUCGUGUUUCGGGUCGGCCCUGUCGUGCAUCCUCUUGUGGGGAUUUGCGACCAACGCCGGGGUGCUCGUGGCCUUUGUCGUCCUCUUUGGCCUCUUGGGGCUCAGCUUUUCCGCCCUAUGGACCAAGUUGAUUACCGUCAUCGCUCGCGACGAUCCGACGUUACCACCUCUGUUGUUCUCGAUCUUUGCGUUUGCUCGUGGGAUCGGUAACGUGACCUCGGGUCCUAUCUCGUCGGCUCUCCUCAACUACAGCUCGAUGAACGGUUCAGUGGGUGGUUAUGGACAACACAAUUACGGACCUUUGCUAGUCUAUACAGGCGCGAUGAUGGUAUUGGGUGGAUUCUGUGGGAUCACGUAUCGCUCUUGAACACGGUCCUUCCUCCAUGCGGUCGCUGCAAGUUAGCUGUACUUCUACCUCGUCAGUCUGGUCGCGGAAUUGUCUGGAUGAUGAAGUGGAAUACCGCAGAGCGGCAGAUGAUGAUGCCUCGUACAUGUCGUCGUACCGAUUGUAUCGCCUACAGUGGCUUGAGAGUGAAUCGGUGCUUGUCUGGCUGGUCCGAUCCGGAUGCUUUAUCCUCUAGGUCGUUCCCUAGAGCUAGCAAGUCUUUGAUUAGUGACGGCACCGUUGUGGCACAGACUAAAAUAAAACAUUGCCGAUAGCCUCUUGUGAAGCCCCAAUCUCGAUUAUAGGACCUCCCUCUGAGAGAAACUUGCUCCUGUACCCCAAAUAUGGCGCGCCUUUUGAAUUUAUACUAUUUGAA